AUGUUGUAGCAGCCCAUUCUCAAAAUGAGGGAAACAUCAAUUAAUAAUGAAUCCUAAGAAAUUGAUAAAUCUUAGACGUCUUUAUAAGCGCAGCCUCAUUCUGAUAAAAAACUAGGUUCAGAGUCUAAGUUACCAUCUAGUAAAUAAAUCAUAAACAUCGAGGAUGAUUCUGUAAAUAUAAAUAAGAAAUCAGCUUUUGGAAAAGGAAAUCUUGGAAGUGAAAAAAUUAUAAUAGAUUUUAAUAAAAAAGAAGUAAAUCUUUAAAAUAAGGAAGAUUAAGAGGCUCUCAUCUAGAUACUUAAAAAGGAGAUAAGGAAUAAAAAAGAAUUGCAAUUUAUUGAUAGAGCUGUGUGUUCAUUGAAGUUUUUCGCAGAGAAAAAGCAGCAACUGAAUGAGAAGUUGUAUAGUAAACUCCUCGAAAAGCUUAAAUACUAGUUCCUAGAAAAAGAAAAACCUCUUUUCUAUCAUGGUGAGAAAGGUGAUUAGUACUAUAUUGUCUUGAAAGGAUGCCUUGUAUUAUUGCUACCUCCAAAGCCCUUUGAAGAAUGCGCUCCCAUUGAUGAAUUAUAAUAGUAAAGACUGAGAGAAAGAUAUUAUAGAUUGAAAGAUCCAGAGAGCUAUCUUCAUAAAUAAGAAGAAGAUUUUACUCCAAGGUCACCUAAUUUAUAGCCUUCAAAUAAAAACAGAGUAUAAACAUUAAGUAAAUAUGUAAAUACUGCAUUUAAAUUUUGUGUAAAUCCUGGAAAACCUUAAACUCCUACUAAUUCAUCUCCUAAAAAUGCUUCGAUGUCAUCUCCUCAAUCAAGAAAGUAAAGUUAUAGAGGUAAAGCACCUGAAAACGAAUAAGAAUAAAGUAACAAUUAAUUUGAGAGCAUUUUCGACCUAUAUGCUUAAGCUUUUUUCCCAAACUUUAAAAAUGCCUUCACAUUUAAUGCAGGAGCAGGUUUUGGAGAAAUCGCACUCUUAAGAAAGACUGAAAGAUCUGGAACAGUUGUUUCAAAAGAAGAUUGCCACCUUAUGACCCUCGAUAAAGAAAGUUUUGAUGAAGUGCUUGGUAGGUGGGAGAUAUAAAAAACAGAUGAACAGUUAUCAUUUUUAAAGUCUUUUGCCUUCUUUAAAGAUGUUAAUGAGAAAUAUUUACUAGGAUUGUUACAUUCUAUGAAGUAAGUAACAAUGAUAAGAAAUGAAACAAUAUAUAAAGAAGAGGAAACUCCUGAUAAUGUCUAUUUUAUCAAAGAAGGUGAAAUAGAGCUUUCAAAGCUUUGCUAAAUACAAAAGAGCGAAACAAUCUAAUAGCAAUUAGAGAAAGAAGAAAUAGAUUAAUUAAUUAGAGGUAAUCACACAUCUGAUUAGUAGAACACAUAAAAUCCUUUAAAAAAAAAUAAUGUAACUUAAAGUGAUGCUUAGCCACUUAAAAAGAAAAAGUCUGAAUAGCAAGCAUUAAAUAACGAAUAACCUAGAAAAGAAAGAAAAUCUAACCUAAGUGGUACCAGAGUUAAAUUCGCUGUUGUUUCACAACCAUGCUAUUUUGGAGAUGAAGAAAUCUUAUAGGAAAUUCCCUAUAGAAAUCACAUGGCAAAAGUACUUUCAACACAAGCAGAGAUUUGGAUUUUAGACAGGAAAAGCUUUUACUCUCUUUUAAAAUAAUAGCGCACAUUUAACAAAUUUCAAGGCCAAUCUAAAUAUUAAAUCAACUUAAGAAACGAAAGAUUGUAAAAGAUAUCCUCUACCAUUAAAAAGGAGGAAGAUAAAUUUUUGGUGAGCAGCUACAAACCCAAAAAAAACUCAAAAUACUAAUUAUAAGAACACUCAUUAGUUGAUUUGAUAAAAUCUAAAGAAGAAGAAAAUUUUACCAAAACUUAAGAAGAAAUAGACAGUCAAGUUCCUUUAACAGCCAAUAAUCAAAUACAUAAUCACUUCGUUCAUAAAGAAGAAUUAUAAUUUAUUUCUAAUGAAGAUCAUCUAGAAAAUGCUAACCAAUUGGAUUCUUAAAAGCUGUAUCAAUACUUUUCAAGAAACAACUAUUUAGAAUAGUUAGCUCAAGCAAAUUCAAAAAAAAUGAAAAUUUUAAAAGAAAUAAGCUCUAAAGGAAUAUCUGGCUCUAAUGUUACUUAAACUGUAGCAUUUUAAUCUUCUUUAACAGAAUUUGAUGAUGAUUUUACUAGUUAAAAUGCUCCUUAGCAUAAAGUCUAAAUUCCUUAUUAGAAAAAUCUUCUGUUUUAGCUCAGCGUAGGAAACGGAAUAAGAAAAGGGGUUUUCCGUGAUCCCUUCUAAACAUAUGAUGAUUAACCUCAAAUGUCAACAAAGACCUUGAAAAACACUUCUUCAGCUACUAACUUGCUAAUGAAUGCUUCAGAUUAAAAGAGAAAAACUCUACACAAUCUAUUUCCAUCACCAAAACAAAAUGCAAUAAUCAAACCAAUAUUAGAAAAAUUUGAAAAAGAGUAAUUUAAAUUAGGACAUCAUAAUACUCAACGCUCAGAUAUUAAGUUAGAAAACGCUGAUUAGAAAAAAUAAAAUUUAUUUUAUGAAGACUAUUUCAUUAAUCGCUAGAAACAGAAUAACUCCACACGCUUAUAAUUUGCUUCUUAAGUAAAUUCUAUGUCAUCUAUUUCUCACAUAAAAGAAUUUUGUGAGGAUACAAAAAGUUAGUUUGCUUAAACUUAAAAUAACCAUCAAACUAAUAUUUCAAGCGAUUCGUUAAAUAACUUAGGAGAGAAAAAGAAUAAAUAUCACAACAUCUAAGAAUUAAUUACAGAAAGUAAACAGUAAUUGCAACAAAUUAAUGAAAUUGAAUAAAAAGUAAAUUAAAAGAAAAAGCUUAAAAAAAUGAGAUCUGAUAUUCAAUUCGAAAACGAUUACCUUGUAAAUAAACCAGAAAACAAACAUAAGAGUAAUUAAAACUCAACAAAUAUAGUUUCGAUCUAGCUCCUUCAUGAAACUGAUGAAGAAAGCACUUCUAUGUCCUUAAUUUAAUCAAAGUUGCACUUGAAGCCAAGCUUACAUUCAUUAGCUGCAUUAACACCUAAAAAUAAUCUAAAACCUCUUGCUGAAAAAUAAACUAAAUUUGAGUACAAUGAAAGACCUAUCUAAAUACAAAGCUCAUAAUAAACAGGAAAAGUCUCAAGAAGUAGUUUUUAAGAUUAAUUUGGAUAAAAUUAGAAGAAAAUGAUUUCAACAUUAAAUUUAAAUGCUUCUGAAAAUGCCUUUGAUUCUUUCAAGAUUUUGAUGGUAGAAGAGUAAGAUUAAGAUGAAAAUAAAAUUUAAUACAGCCCAACUCAUGCUGUUUUAACAUCACCUUCACAUUUAAACAAAAAUUCUAGCUUAGGAAGUUUCCGUAUUACUUAGUCAAACAUUCACAUGGAUAAGCUAAGAAAAUAAAAUAUCUAAAAGAAUUUUGGAACUAUUCCUUUCAUAGCAAAUUUUAACAAAAUGAAAAACACUGUAUCCAAUAAAUUAUUCAAAGAAAAUAUUUCUUCUAUCACACCAUCUGCAAGAAUUUAAGAUAGUUUAGAGCAAAAACAAAUAAUUACUAAUGCCUUCAGAACUAAAAAUAACCAAAGUCAUUUACUUAAAAAGGCUUACCAAGCUAAAAAAUGA